CAAACACGUCGAUCUGCAGGAAAAUAAAUUGUCUAAAUACUAGACUGACUCGAAAUAAUUUAGAGGGCUCGCAUGCAUAUGGAGGCGAAAUCUUACGGGUUUUUAUGAAUUUGGCCCUCGUUUUAGCGGGAUUUGUGGUUUAAUGUGCGACACGGAAUUUCAACUAUGGGACAAUGCUAAUGAAACUGACAUGGCCGCGAAAUUGACGAAUUCAAAUCAUCGAGAAACCGCUGUAGUGUGACCACAGUGAGCUAAACAUGGACGCUGGUAGAUGAGUAGGGUUGCAAAGUGUGGCUGAAACGCCAUGCCAAAGAAGAAAACAUGCGAAGUACCGCUUCCACUAGGUUGGGAAGAAGCGAAAGACUUCGAUGGAAGAAUUUAUUACAUUGAUCACAACACUAAACGAACUUCAUGGGUCGAUCCGCGAGAUAGGUAAGUAAUAAAUACAGCGGUUAGCGAACCGUAGCAAGUAUGUAGGUCGAACCUAGUUUUCGAUUGUAUUUUCCCGAAGUGCAAGCGGUCAUUUGCUCCAUAUGGCUUGCAGAAUCAUCAUUCGAACAUCUUACAGUUUCUUUUUAAGGCAAAUGGCCGCUUCUUCGGCGAAAAGGGUUUCUGAUCUCGCGGCGUUCUGCAAUACUAUGUGUAUGUCUGUUAUCCCCAAGUAUUAAUGCUAUUUUUUAUGGAAUUCACUCAUUACUGGCGAUGUACACGAUUUAAACGGAGUAGAUUGCCCAUUAAAGUGCGUUCCAAUAUUUUAUAUGUGAUUUCUACUUUCUAUCUUCAAGCCAAAACUAUCGCGAUUGCUUUGAAGCUCAAGUAAAGGUUGUCUAGCGUGCAUCGUUUCCAACCAUACUCGCUCCAUUCUUCCGUUUGAGCUUCAUCCCAAAUAUUUAAGCUAUGUAGAAACCUUUUUAUGAGUAAAAUGGAUAAAUCGACCGUUUUAUCGGUUCCAUUCGUUUAGAGACCAAGAAUUUUGACUCUGGUUCGGAAAAGUUGUGAGCCUUGCGUGAACUUAUCAACGUAAAGUUCGUACUAGUCUUCGAAAGUAAAGUGCUGGAAGAAUACCUUGGUUCGUCAAAGUGAGCUUAUAUUUAAUACCCGAAAUGGCUUAAUACGAAAACUAUUAUUCGUUACUUUCAACGUCGUUUUUCGGGUAGUUUCGCAUAUUUUACGUCAGGUUUCAGGAUUUUUGCGUGAGAAGAUAGCUCUCUUUACUGGUGUCUACUUCUGCAUUUAUAACUGUUUCUAGGGAAGCGACAGCCAGUGAAAUAAAUCUCUCGCGACUUUGAGUUCUCACCCUAUAUCACUGGAUUGCUCGCUAUGUCUUUUUCAAGGUAUAAAUGGGAUUCAGCCUAUGAACCAAACUCUAGGCAAGGAAUGUUCCUUUUUGUUUUGGAUAUGUUCUAACGUUUUCAUUGAUUCUCUAAGAGACCCCUGAUGUAAGUACGCAUGGGACAUAAGCCGUAACAACAUAUAUUUUUAAUGAAGGCUUAUCAUAACACGUUACCCACGUCUAAAAAUAACAAAUUGUGUCUCAAAUUGUUUCGUAUCGGCCACGUUUUACGCGAAGUUUUGCCACCGCUUCUCGGUUUUAGUUUUCAACUUUAGAGGAGCUCGCCAGAUUUUACUUUUUUUUCUGAGUUUCUGCUUGUCGUAGCAAUUGCUUGAGAGGGUAUGUCUGUAUAAUUUUCGAUAAUGGCGAGGCGAAAUUGCAUAUCGGCUGCAUGCCAUUGAAAAGAAAACAGAGAAAUUCAAGUUCGCAUCAGUAUUGAACCUGCAAAGUGUGUCUUAUUUUAUAAACUCGAAAACUAUACCUACUGUUUACUAGUAUUGUUUUAAUGACAAAUGAAUCCAAACUCAGAAACUAUGUUUCCUUUUUUAUUCAACAUGACAUUUCUUAUAGCUCAAAUUAUACUCCGGUUUGACUGUGACCUUGUUUGCGUCAGUGAUUAGUAUUUAUUUUUUCCUUCUGUUGUAAUUUUUUGAAGGAAAUCAUACAAGAUGUGCUACUGAAUAAUUUUUUAACAGAGGAAUUUGACAUGCCUCUUUAAUUUGGGCACCGUGCCAACAGAUUUGAAUUAUUUAAUCUGUUUCUCCCAUAUAAGAUAUAUCUUGGUCGAGCAUUGGGCAUAAUGUUUUAAUGCAUUUGCCAACAGUGUUAUGGUGAGAAUUCUGCCAAAUUUCAAAACGCUCAGACAAUGUCUGUGGCUUUUGAGGUCCAUUCCAUGACUUCCAAUGCCUGUAAAGCUGUUGUUUUGUUAAACAAAAUAAGAUUAAUUAAAAUCAUUGACAUUUAUUUGAUGGGAUGUAAAAGAGAGUUUAGGAGAUUGUUUUCCAAGCUCCAUCAAGGAGUAAAGUGUGAAAUAAACAGGAACAAACUAGGCUAUAUUUUUGUCACAUGUUACAAUUCACUCUUUCAAUGAUGGAGGUGAACAAGAGAUGUGGUUCACUAGUUAGGUCAUGGCACCAGGUGGUAUAAGCAAUUUAUUAUGCUCAUAAUGUAUUCAAGGUAUGUGGAUUUUAUUUUGGUUCUUAUUGGAUUUAAAAUUCCUGUUUACUUAUUUUUGAGGACAUUGUUUUUCCCAAUUUUGUGCGAAUCCCCAUAUGACACAAAACGUUAUAUGUGGAAGAAGGAGUUACUCUGUUGAAUGGACAGUUCAAUACCACAAGCGCAGAAUUGUGUUUGAUGUCAUUAGUCCAAUUUCAUUAUUAUUGAUUGACUUCUUAGAGAUAGUAAAAAGGGUAAUUAAUGACUCAAUGGACUUUGUAACAUUGUUAGUUUGAGACUAAAAGCCUAGUGAAUGUACACACGUUACACUGUAAAUGCAAGCAGAUAUUGUAGCUGACUCUAAUGGAACAGAAGUUUAUGUAAACACAAUCCAAGAAGAUAACUCUGUAUAUAACUUUGUUUUUUCCAUGUCUCACGGCGAUUGUGUGUCUGUUAUUUAUUCAGAAUAAUAAUGUUCAUUUGGGUUUGUUGUAAGUUAUUGCCCUUUUUUCCCAAGGAUGAAAUAUUUGGGCUAUAUUGGACAAAGUAUUCCCUGUAUGUAUUUCUAUAAUUCUUAUCUGGACAGAAGUGAAAGAUGUUAAGAUUUUAUCAGUGAACAUGUGAUUAGAUGGUAUACCUUGAUCCUCAGAGAAAGCACCCCAGGCAUGCAUUGUUUGAUUGAAACCCAUUAAUUUUGCGCUAACUGAGUUAAACUUCUAGAAGGUUCUUUAGUACCACAAAUACCUUUUAAAAAAAUAUUUGUGAUAUGAAGUGUGUACUGCUAUAUUAUCAUGGUAUUUUUAGAUAUUUCAGAGUUCUUAAAUGUGUACAGAAUGUUGAGAGGAUUUUUGUAAGCUCAUAAUCUCGCAGAAGAGUGUUGUUUUUUGCAACAGGUGGAAGCACAUGAAAGAUGAAAAGCAUGAUGUUUAUAAUAUAUUCCUAAUAAUUAGCACAUGUCUGGCAUUCAAUGUGGUCUUAAUUGCCCAAAGUCAGCUUCAUUUCUCAAAUAGGCAUUUACCCCAAACCUCAGAACGAUAAUUUUUUUUUUUUUCCUUUUACUCACAACCAGCAGGAGUACUAGUCAAAUGAGCAAGAAAUUAUUGAAUACUUCUGAUCACGGAUUUGGAUGUAGCAUAAUCUGAUUGCUUAGUUUUGUUCUUUGCCCUUAGAAAUCAAUUGCUUAUUAUGCAUUGAAAGGAAAAUGACAUAUGUAAAAUUCUUUGUUAGUUGUAUCUUCCAGAUGCACUCUUUUAGUGUUGGGCUUUUGAUAUUUAUACAAGAUUACUAUUUUUUUACUAAUUAAUUUUAGCUCACUAUUUUUUUUUUUUACUAAUUUAAUUUUUCAAUUAAAGCAUCGUUCCAUUUGCAAGUCUCUGCAGCUGUAAGAUCAUUGAUCAUUAACAGCAAUAUUUUUUUCUAUACAUAAAACUUCAUAUGUUUUUGUUGCUGUCAGCUGGUCAGUGGCUUUUGAUCUUUUUAAACUCGUGAGUAAUUUGGAGACACCAAAAUUCUAGCUCCAAGAAAGAUAUUUACAAUUACAUAAUGAGAGUUAACAACAAAGAGGAUCAGCAGUUUUUUCACGUAUGCGCAUGCGUCUGAAUUCCAUGUGCUCUUCAUUUGAGGCAUUUGUGGCUGUGCUUUGAGCAUGAACUUGCAGAGUUGUGAGGAGUGGCAUUGUGGCUCAUUGUCCAGGCAGUUCCCCCCUUCCCUCCCUCUUUCCGCUGUUUACUCAGUGUGAUGGGUAACCUGUUUCCCUUUCAGUUGUUAAAUGAUUAUUUAGCCAUUGGGAAUUAACUGGGAGGGAAGAACCCCAGCACUCUUGUAACUGUCUCAAUCCUCAUUUCUUUGUUUCAGGUUAACAAAGCCAUUGACUUUUGCUGAUUGUGUAGGAAAUGGUAAGCUUUUGAACUUUUUUUUAUGCACUCCCAUUCCCCUGGAUCGUCAAAAUCCUGGUCCCAGAGAGGCCAAAUUUCAAACUAGUUGUUCAGAGUUUCCCAGAUGUCAUAAAUAUUGCAUAGUUGUGAUUACUCAGGUUUUGUUUUUAAGUAGACUUUGACCUUCUGGAACACACCAUUUUGUAGCUUCUCUCAUAUGCAUAAAUAUCACUUCAUAAAAACUGAUUCAUGAUUCUAGCAUACCUGUAUAUAGCAUGGUGCCACCAAAAAAGGUAGUUAUUAUGCUAAUUGGUCUUCUUCAUAUUGCAGAACUACCAUUUGGCUGGGAAGAACUUGAUGAUAAAGUUCUUGGAAGUUACUUUAUUGAUCACAACACAGGUAAGAGUUUCAUUAACAUAUUCUUUUUUAUAUUAAUAAUGAUGCCUAACAGAGUUUUUAAUGAUCAUAUUAUGUCAGGAUACACACAAGUUAUUCAGGAACUGAUUAAUUCAAUGGGGACUUUGUAUUUUGGCAAGGGGAAAGGUUUUGGGGUCAUUCUGAAGACCGAAGGGGACAUUCACUGGAAACUUAAAUUUAGCCUCUUAAGAUUCCAAAUUCAAGUGUUGCUUGAGCUUUUUUCAAUCCCUUCUUCACUUGCAAUCACAGAGAAAGUUGACUCCAAGAAGCUUGGGUAUUUUUUCUGGAACACCUUAUGCAAGACUAAAAUCUCUGAUAAACGUGGUCCUAAAGAGAGGGGUCUCCUUUUUAUGUGUAUUCUCUUGACAAGGAUCAUAUCUAUAAUUCAUGAUAUUUAAGUAAAAGUAUUGGCAUUAACAAUUUCAUAUGCUUUUAGUACUAUUACAAAAGAGUUUGACAUAAAUCAUGUUCCACUGGAAAAUAAAAAGUGCCAAAUAUGACUCAUGUUAAAAAGAAUUGCAAAAUGCUAUACUUAGUAAGAUGAUUCCCUCUCCACAACAUCUUAUGUGAGAGUGUCCCCUGCUGAGUGCUGUGCUGCAUAUAGAAAUUAGCAUGGGAAGGCACCAUGCUUCCUAUUAAGGUGAUCAUAUGAUCAACUGUUCUAGAAUUAUGGUUUUUAUUUUUCAUUUUUAUGGAUACAAAUUUGUGUAAAGUUCUGAUUUGUAUUUUUGUUCCUACUUACUUGAAGGGCGAAUAACUCUAUCCAAAGAAUAAAUUGCUAUCCAGUGGAUAAGUGUUAGCAAAACAUACUGCACUAUCCAACGGAUAGAGAUUUAUCCAUUGGAUCGCAUUAUCCCCCCUUCGAACAUUCGAGGCCAGAUCUAACAUAUACCAGUACAUGUAUACAUAAAUAUGCCAUACCAAUAAUUUCCAGUUUGGCAGAUAUUUUGUCUCCUUUUAUCAUGUAACCUGAUCAUUUUGUUUUUUGUCAUCAAUUGCCAGCAUCUGCAUCUCGAUCAUUCUUUAGCAAAUUUGUUCUGGUUGAGUACUUGGUUUAUCAAUUCUUUGGAUCUCAUGUCUCCUCCACCUUCAGCUUUUAACAUUUUUUGUUAUUAAAAAAAUGGUUGUGACAUUAAAUAUGAGUUCCUUUCAAUACCUUGAACUUAUCAUGCUUUUGAUAUAGCCUAGAUGUCUCUUACAGAGGAUAACCUUUUUACUAAUUAAUUCUUGUUGCUUAAUAUUCUUGUUGAGUUUGUGUCAAACUUUGAUGAAAAACUCAACAAAGUGGAGAAGAGUGGAGUGUUUUAACAAACAAACAAAGCAUGCCAUUUGAUUAACAAGCUCUUUUAAUGAAGUGCUCAAUAUAUUUCUCAAGUUUUAUUCAUACCACAGAAAUAGCCUCAGGCAAAAUGAAAUGGUCAUCAUAAUUUGCCUGAGGCAAUUUUUUUAGGUACAUAACGUUUUUACAUCCUAUAGUGUUAUGUAAUCUUUUAAGGUUCUGCCCUUACAGAUUCAAGAGUGUUUACAAACUGGGCUUAUUGCAGGAUGCAUUUAGGACACACAAGAAUGUUUUGAAUCAAUUUCAUUCAAGUUGUUUACAAAGUGUGUGUCCACGAUGUUAAAUUUUCUUUUAUUCUUUGUUUGCUUGAGUAGGAUCGCAACAGCAUGAAGAUCCAAGAGUACAGUGGAGGAAGAGGAGAGAAACCAUGCUCUGUGAUUAUUUAGUAAUGGUACAAUCAGACUUGACGGUAAGGAAAAAAAUCUGUUUUUCAAGGGUAAAAAUUACUGGUAUGAAAGCUAUUUACGUGUUUGUUCACAAAACUGAACAUGACCCAACACAUGAGCACACAAAGUAAUUACAUGCAAUAAAAGGGAUUAACUAAAGAGAGAAUUUGUUUUUCUUAGUUUCAUUAACACAAAACGUUUUGAGCUUUUUCUACCCUUAAGUCAAGUAAUGAUUUGCUUGAGUGUCGUUUGGGUGAUUAUCACUUAUCAUUACCAUUUUAUGAUGAGAAUUCUCAAACCCUUAGUAAGAACAGGCUCCCAUUGUUAAAUGAUAAGAUGCUUCGUUUUUUCCUUAUGAAAAGGGAUAAUUGAUGAAAAAUAGACAAAUUUAUUUGUUUCAAGGCUAGGGUGAAGGACUUAUUUAAAUUUCACAUAAAGGCUGUUUUGCUUUUUAGAGAAAGCAAGAAUUCUUGGUAUGUGUAAAGAGACAUUAACAAACAUUUUGUGAAUUCCAAUUUGUAGGCAAAGCAACACAUGAAAGACGUCAAGCAAAAGAGACUAGAUUUGGCUUGCGAAGAGGUACAAAAAGAUUCUUUGUUUGAGAGAGAAUGCGUAUUAUGUAUAAAACAUCAAAUAUUGUGAUAAAUCUAAAGUUUCUGGAAUAAAUUAAAUUUUUUUUUUCACUCCAUAAUAUUUCUUAUUCGUUUUUUAUUGCCUUAGUGCUACUUGUUUCCAGAUGAUUUAAGAGUUUUUAAAGUUUGUUUCGUUUUUUUUAAUGACACUUAACAGCAGCACAGUUAUGGGAGAGCAAUUUUAUCGCACAAUUUACAACACAGACAGCUUGAAUUAUAAAGUUGUUGCGAAAAAUAGGCAAAAGUUCCGUUUAGAUAUGUGAAUUUUUUUCUGAAGCAAUUUCCUGAGUGCUCUCGAGUAUUUUUUCUGAGUAUGCCUUUGUCAUUCAUCGAAUAAAAUCAUCUUUCAUUUUUCAACAGGUUCAAUUUUGGACGUCAGAGCUUGAAAAGAUGCAGAGACGAAAUGAUAAAGAAGGACAAACCAGCCAACAUGCCAAGCAAGGAAGCUUUAGUUCUUCGUCAUCAAAUUCAACCGUCAGCUCGAUAGCAAGCAAAUACGACGUGAAUCAGCUGAAGAAAGAGAUUUCCCAAGCCAGAUCGAGGGUAUGUUUUUUUCUGUACAGGGACUUUUAUUAUCAACUUGAAAAGAAGUUGUUUUGAGACGUAAGAGACUCAGAAAUGGUACUUACGCAGAGAUGACAAACAACGAAAAGGAGCAAAAUCGUAAACAACGCAAUAAGUAGGCUGCCGUCUUUUCCGGUCUUCGCUGCACGGAGGACCGCGGGUUCAUUUCCUGAACAGCGGUUGGUAAUCAAGCUUACCCAAUAAGUCCAUUGUGUUAAAUACCAUUCCUGUCCGAUAACUUCCGCCCCCAUCUCCCUUCUAGAGCUCAAAGUUUCUUAUGAGUACUCUUCCACCCUUAAAAAAAAACUCCAAGUUUUAAACACUGGGCAUAGUAGUUAUUGUCGUACUUAUAACUGGUUAGGCUGUAGUAUUCCGUUUUACAUGCAAAUAUCGUUAAUAAUUCUUUCACACAAAGCCCUUUUACUCCUAUGGGUGACCAGGAGAGAAUUUCUCCUCACAAUAUUAAUACAAUAUCAAGCAGACAAAUGACUGGAAUAAGGGUUAAUAUUAUUAAGGGGGUUAUAAGUUGAUCUAAAACUAAAAGGGUUAAUUGUAAGACUUAUGUAAACCCAGGUUGAAGUCCUCAAAGCCGAGAUGGAGGCAGUUUCUGGAGAAGUCCAGGCGCGGGAAGAGGGAUACGAAACGUUAAAGAAAAUUGACAGGAAGUUGUCUUCCCGUCAAGGCUGCAAGAAAGAGGACGUUCAGGGUUUAGUGGAGGAGAUAACAAGUGCAGAACGAAUAUUGUUUUCCAAGGAACAAGAGAAAAGUGAGCUAAUUGAGGCAUUAUUGAGACUCAAGGAUAAACUUUCACAGUCUGAAUCUGUGAACACGGUAAGAUCAUACCGCCAUCUUGGGAUACAUUAAGCUUAAUGAAACCGUGGUAAGGUUGUUAAAUGCCUUUACUUCGUGAGAAUUGAGCCAAGGGAGAGUGAAAUCAAUUAUUUCAUGUAUUAAUCAGCAACUUUGUGCGUAACUAAGUUAGUUGCAAGCUUUGCUCUAGGACAAGGGCUUAUUUUGAUAGAGUUUUGAAGUGUAAGACCAGAAACAAAGAAAUCAAAACGAACAUUUUGGCCAAUCAGAGAAGGGGAAGGUAUCAUGAAAAGCAGUUGGGAACCUAACGAAAAGAUUUGGAAAAUGCUUACCUCUUUGAUCCUUGAGAGUGACAAGCGUCGAAUUUUUUCCUACAAUAUCACUGAAUCACUCAUCUAGGUCACAAGCGUUAUGGAAUUGAUCCCCGGCUCCAACAAAAGACGAUCUUGAUUGUUAAAAAAUUCUCCUAGUCAGUACCAGAGGAAAUGUAAAGGAAAAAGUUUGGAGAAUGUGAAUACCAAUCAGUGUAAGAGUGUAAAAGGUUAAGACGCGGUGAUCAGGUUGCGUGUGGGUGAUAGGUUGAAAAUAGUGAAAUAGCCGUUCUAAUUUUGGAAACCCUUCGUCUGUGUAGGGCAAAGAUGAUUCAGCUGAAGUGGAAAUGAGAGUUGGAUCCCAUUUGGACCUUGGCUCAGAUGCGGCCAUUGGACAUCUCCCUGUGCGAGAUAAACAAGAAUUGAAGGCAGAAUAUAAAGAGGCAUUGAAAAAUGAAUCAAAAUUGCAAAGUGAAAUCACUUGUCUGGACGAACGAAUUACACAAGUAAUGACGGACGAUAAUAAUUCGAGGCCAAUGCUUCUGCAAGAAAAGGAAACUCUCCUUGACGAAAUUCGUCGCCUAAACUCUCUUGUCAAAAGCGAAGGAGAAAAAGUAAGUUGACCAUGAAGGCUUCAUAGAAAAUUGUUCACGUAUCUUUUACACAGAAGUGUUUUGACGGAAAUGUGCGAAAGCAAUCAAGCACUCCUACUUGCAAUCCCAUUGAGGUUUAGACCGUUUUCCUUACGAUAAGUUUUUCAGGUUUUGUGAGCACUUUUCUUUGCGUUCAUAUUUGAGAGUGCUCACAUUGAUGUGCUGCUUUUUAUUUCAGAAAAAGCUGGAGGACGAGAAAGACAGACUGGCUGCUGACCUCAGCCACGCAAGAGAGGUCUCUAAUCGAGCCACAGCUGAUAGAAUUCAACUUCAAGCAGAGAAAUCUCUGUUAGUUCGACGGCUUGAUGAGCAAUCCAAGAUAACAAACCUUCUGAACAUGCGGCUUAAAAAGUGAGAUUUGUGUUAGGUUUCUACUGUAGAUAAAUCACAUUAAGUUUAUGAUUUCCACCUAGAUCUAACACAGGUAUGUUGAAUAUUGCGGUUUGUUUUGCAGUAUCUCUGGAAGCACCCCAUCUGUUUCUUCGUGUUCAAGCCGUGGCUCCCUCUCCUUGUCCGGAAGCAGAGGAUCCUUAUCUGCUUCCAGCCGAGGCUCCUUGAACUCGCUCAACUAUCCCGAUCUGAGUCAUAGCGGUGACAUGCCCAACCUCCGAGAGCUCCACCAACGUGUGACGGAUUUACUUCAAGGAAUUUCUACUUACCCCUCAUGUCAACCGAUCUACGAAGUACGGACAACAGGUGCAGCCACAAGUUACACGCCGACAUCCGGGAGAGCAAAUCACCCCAGCGCAAGCAACUCGUCGCAGGUCUCGCUAUCGUCUCGUGACUCGAUUUCGUCUACGCAAUCGCCGCCGAUUUCUCCGAGUACGAGCGAUCUUUCUCCGACGCAUUCGCCGGCCACCGUUCGUGUCAUAGCCACGGAGGGAGAGAGUACAUGUCUGGAUGGAACAGAGCUCGACAGGAGCUGUUUACCUCAGGUUUGUUUUAUUCGUUCAUUUUUCAAGCGGAGUCAUCUCGUAGUACUCAGUUCAUAAGUCCGCGGAGAAAACGCCCAACUUCAUUCCAAGUGAAUGUGUAAGUUGCAAAAAUAUCCUAACCUUUCCCUACUCCUGCAAGCCCCUUUGAAAUAGGUGAAGCCACACUUUGACGCAUGCAAUUUUGCCCACUAAAUAAACUUGGGAAUGAAAACUUUUUUCUUAAAUUCAUCAGCAAAGAAAACUUGUGUACGACCAUUUAUAAGAAAAACUUGCCAAAGUAAAUUUUCGCCCUUUUGGUGCUUACCUCGGCAGAUUAAAUUCAGUCAAAUUUUGUUACAAACACGUUUUCCUUUGGCAAGAGUUCGGAACCUCGUAUAUCAGUUUAUAGCCAAAGAGAAUCCUAAAUGUUUACUGGUUAUGAUUUUUUUUUUCGGUCAACGUGACAAUGGAAAUAAACCCUUUUUAAGUCAAAACUUGACAAGGAAAAAUUUGUAGCGCACUAGUGCUCUUAGUAUUUAUCACUGACUUUCUUAUCUUCUUUCAUUUCAGGCCGACGGAAUCCCAGUUCAGCAGCGACUUCGUCUGUUGACCGCAGACUCUAAGUCUAACGAAUCGAUUAACAAUUUUCCUUUUACACCUAUGUCUCCAAUCACGGAAGGCAUUCCGUCGCUUCCGCUGAGACGAUGCGAGGUCCAUCUUCCACCAACUGGGACAAGGCCCGUAACUGCAGCGCCUUCGGACGAAUCCGUGGCGGCUGAUAGCGGAGUCUUUGACGCAUCCCAAGAAAACCUGAAAGCCGCUCAGAGAGGAGACUUCGACGAAGACAGUGUGGACACGGCGCAGAUGAAACUAGGACUCUCGUACGAUGUUGAUCGCGAAGCUCUGAUCGUGUGUAUCGAUCAAGCAAAGGGUUUGAAGGCUCUUGGCAACACCACACAGAAUAAAGAAGUGUUCGCAAAAGCCGUCUUGUUGCCGAGUUCGCCUAGUGAAAGCUGCGUUUUGGAAACGAAGCGUUGUGAUUACCAAGACAAUCCUGUGUUUGAGGAACAGUUUCAUAUUCCGGUUCCCGAGGUAAGAGGACAGAUCUGACCGACUGAUCACUGAUUGAUUAACUGGCUGACUGAUGAUUUGAAUGACCGCUUCUUGACUGACUGACCCCUGACUGACUAACUGACUGUUUCACUCACUGACUUUCUGACUGACUUUCUGAAUUUCUGAUUGACUUUCUGACUAGCGGAUUGACAGACUGUAGAAAUCCCUGACUUAUCGCUCGCCUGGCAGAAUGACUCACGGACUUACUGACUCCGUUAUUGAUUAAUUGAAUAGCGAGUAACAUUUCUUUUCCUGCUCUCUCUGUAUUUCCUGGGUUUUUUUAUGUCAUAGAGGUGUUCUCAUUUCCUGCCCUAGCCUGUUGUAUCCUGCAUUUGUGAUGGUAGAGUUGUGCUCUAGAAGGAAAUUAAUUCAACAUAUCACUGUUUUUUUUCCUUGAGCAGAGCAAACUGACAAGUAAGACUCUCCAGGUGAACCUCCUCGUUAGAUCCAGCUUUCAAACGGAAGAGCUUCUGGUGAGUUUAACUUUCUUGGUCAAAAAAUGCAAAAAAAACUCAGUAUUUGUACAUAAAAAUAUGUCAACGCUGUAAACUUUAACUCCCAGGAUCUGAUUUAGUUAGUAACUCUUCUUCCUUGCUGCUCGUCAGUUCCUUGUUAAUUAGUUUUGAGAAAUUGGUCUGACUGUGAUACCAUGGGAACAUUCUCUCACUGAAAGGUUUUUCUAACAACUUCUUCUUAUUGAAUUUCAGGGUGGGACGCAGAUCAGCCUUGCGGAUUUCAAUAGCCAAACUCCUGUCAAAUUUCGAUGGUAUAACUUAUUGAGUUUUGCGGUAAGUUGACACAUAAGUCAAAUGAUCGUCAUGAGUUAGACUAAUUAGUUGGUUUUAUCACCUCAGUUGAUAAAACCAAUUUCUCUACUUUUAAAGAGGAUGAAUACGACAAAAUAGCAUCCAACACUAGCCACGCUCGUAGUCAUAAGGGUAAUACUUUAAUUCUUUGUCAACAGUUUUUCCAGUCGGCAGCUGCGAAGUAUCAACAUGGCAAGAUAAAUACCAUGACGCCUGCGAUUGGUUCGCUCUCGAUGGACUGCGUUUGUGAGCCAAAGAGAGGCAACUUACGACCCAACUCAUGGGUGAGUAUAGACGAAUAAAUCUGAAUGAUUUUGUGUGCAUAGACGAAGUCCAGACAAAAACUGAAAAAGUUGGUUAAUCUGAUUAAUUAACCAUUAAUUAACCUGAGUGAAUUGUGGCUUUGUGGAGAAUAUGUUUUUGAAAAUAUUUCUGUGCAGAAGCAAGUCGUUAACAUACUACACUUUCGAUGCGGAAUUUAGAGAUGAAACACUUUUUCAGAGAUAGCCAGAUCUCUUUUGAUCAUUUUUACGGCUUGAUGUCAAGGCCUUAGUCGUAAAACCAUCUGUAGAGCCAAUCAGGCAAAAACUGUAGAAAAUAAUUUGUACAUCCAAUAAUGGUGACACGUUUCUUCAAGUCAGACAUGUAUUGCUAAUGCAUCUUCCUUUCUUUCUAUUUUUCAGUGCGAAGGCUCAACAUUAAGCCUGGAGUCAGUGGUUGGAUUCGAGCGUAUCCCUUGUAGAUCAGUGAGUCAAGAAGUACUUAACGAGGGUGUGGAAAGUCUACCCGUUCGAAAGCGCACCGCUGGAAGGCCGGUAGAAAGAGCGCAGUCUCAAGGUGAUAGUGUCAUCAGUGGAGGCUCUCUACAGGACAGAGACAGUGACUUCGAUAGAUCACCUGUAGCUCGGCCCAGACCCAACAUGCUGAAGUCGAAGUAUUCGAGAAAGUUUUCUGAUCCUCAACCGCUGUCGUUCCAAGGCCACGUAAGUUCAAAUAUUGUGGUUAUUGUUAAAAUCAAACAUGUUACACAAGACGAGUCUGGAGCUGCACUGUGGUUAAACUAAACCUAGGCCUUUACAGCGGCUAGUUGAAACUGCGAACUGCUGAGCUUACUUGGCGUGGGCUAUUCGUCUAUAAAACUCACGAAAACAAAGAAUGCCAACAUGCCAGCGCAGGCAAGUCGUGUCACCCAUUUACCAGAGCUGAAGGCUGCGUAAAAAAAGAACGCCAUUUAAGACGGGAAAGCUUGCGUGAUGGUCAAAGAAAACAGCGCAUAGUUGUUGUACAGUGCAUAGGAGGCGAUUGCGAUUGUCUUUGCAUCUAACUGGUCUUUGGUUCCUUCUUCUAAUACUCAAUUUAAAACCGACAUUAUAUUACCUUUUUUUAGGGAGAAUUCGAUGAGCUUCACAUGAUGCCUUUGAGUCGGCUGGUUGGUGACAUAACUCUUAAUCGCAGUAACUCGGACUGUACCACGCGGAAAACGGAGGCCAGCCCAUUUGUGAGAAUGUCUGUGGAAAGGACCAGCAUGAGAAGGAAAAAGGUGAUUAUAGGUUAAUAUCAACGAAAGCUAACGAAAGGAUGUAAUAAGUGGUGAUUAAGGUGGUGAAAGGCGCAAGGCGUGGUGCAUCUACCAGUAUUGGUGCUGAACUUGAUAGGCUCUGCAACAGGCUUGUGGCUAUAGCAGACUUACACCUUGCUUAACUAAGCCCUCAAGGGGGUUGCCAUUUGCCGUGAGUUAUAACUUAGAAUUUUUUUUCCACCAGCAGCGCCCAAUGUCAUGGCAAGGAAUACAACAGUAUCAACAGUUAAAUCAUCUUGAUGCUCGGGCGGCUGUGGACCUUGAAUUCCAGCUAGAAGCCUCUAAAGCCAAACAGGUUGGUGUAUUUCAAAUUCGUUUUUAAAACUUUCUGAUUACAUGCAUGACAAGCACUUUUUACUCGUAGAUAUGCGAAGCAUAGGAACGAGUUAUCUAGGGACUCGAUUUGCAAAUUUCGCAGCGGUUUGCACGACCUUAGGAGUGUGAGGAGAUUAUUGUGUCUCACAUCGGAGAGACUAACGUGGCUUAAUUACGUGUGUUUAGCUGCAGGUAAACGAUGAUAUUCGAAGGUUGUCGCAGCUGAAGAAACGAAUCGAGGAGGCAAUUGACGGAGGAUGCACCGAAAUUCCAAAAUCAAUGGAGGAGAGCGAAGAAUUUCAGGCUCUCCUCAGAGAUGUAGAGGUGAGUCGAUAGAAUCACCUAGUUUUUACACAGACUGACUCACAUUUAUUCCUUUGAAAACGUUUACCUUGGAAAAACCGUAAACAAAAGCACAAAAAACGAGUUCUAUUACACAGCGUGACUCCACAGAAUUUCGAUCCGCCGUCUUCACUUUGUAAACCACGAUGUAUUUUGAACAGACUUAAACAAAUUCUUAAGAGCGCGCCACUUGGAAGUUCUCAUCGUUUGGUGUCACCGAAAUCAUUAGGUAACUUUUCAAUUUCACACUCGGACGAUAGUCGCGUCAAGCAGGAUCUGAAACACCAAAACACUCGUUUUGACCUUGUCUCCGUUGUUUGCAGGCCUUCAGAAGCCUCACCAUGCCUGGACAUCGAGGUAGAAGUCCUUACUCGAGAAGAAGCCACAAGGCCUUUAGGUAAGAGGUUUUCUUGGUACGACGCGAGUGCAGUACGUUUUAGCCAAUCAGAAUCAAGCUCAAAUCUCUGGGGUUUCUUAUCCAACUCGUUUUCAAAACUGCACAAAGAACUUUAAGGUCUUUGAAAAUUUGUCUCAAGACUAUUGUUCAACAAGAAAGAAUAUCUUAAAAUUUUCAUGUCCAGAGGCAAAACAUAGUUUAGUUUGUAGUGGCCUUGAGAUCUGGGGUAUGGGACCUUGAAAUCCUCAGAAAUGUCACUCUGUCAAGCUCUGAUGUUUACCUUUACCACUGGGUUCAAACUGUGAUUGUUACUCAUUAGUUUGUUGUUGUUGAAUUUUUUUUGUAGAGACAGAUUCAGCCCUUUGCAUAAUAAGCAAGCUAAGUCGCCCGGGAAUUCAAACGCUAAUGACACUCAUUGGGUGUAAAGCGUUCAUUGCAAUGAGGAAAGAAGAAACAUUCAAGCUUCAGAAAUAUUGAAUUUAUCUUCAUUGGAGUUAUUUGAAUGAAAUUGACGUGCAGCAAACGACAGGAGAACCAAAUGAAAGUGGUACCUUCCAAAGAAUUCGACAAAAGUAUGCAAAGGCGAACAAAAACAAGACUAAAACAGCUCUGGAACACAUCCUGGCACACAUCGACGACCAUUUCAGCUGGUGAUUAGUUGCAAAUCUUCUAGGUAGUUCUUUUUGUUAGUAUUAAAACUAACGAUUUUUGUAUAAACUGACCAAGAACUUUCAAAAAGUAGCUUAAAUUAUACCUGUUGCUGUGAAAGAGGAAAACUCUCUAAUAGAAGAAACCUUAAUCUUUUAGCCCCUAAGAGUGACCAGCAUCUAAUUUCUCCUUACAAUAUCAUCCCUGAAUCAAACAUGAAAGUUAUGAGAACAGAGGAGAUGAUCACCAACUAAAGCAGCUCUUGAUUGUUACACAAAUUCUCCUUGUCAGCCUCUUUGGAAAAGUAUGAAGAACAGUAAGGAGAAUAUGCCUACUGAUGUCAGGGGGUAAAGGGUUAGGUUAAAGUUCGUAUUUUUAUAACUUUGCUACCUCCAGUUGCAACGCGCGUUUUCUAUCAAUUUGUAAUAUAAUAUUCAAACGUCUUUUUUUAACUUGACCGCAGAGUUAGCUUUGUACUAUAUGUUUGUAAUAUUGCGUCAGCCGAAAGCCUUUUCUGGUUAAGCUCUGGCCUCGUUGUCAAAACGAGUCUUGCUACCUAUGUCUAUUAGCUCUUUUUCGAAUGAACGACCCUGCUGUGGCCUCGCCCUGAUGAUGAGGCUGAGAAUAACUCCGUCAAGGGCUAAACCCUUUCGAUUCCAUUGGCCUAAAUACUUAAUUUUCGAAAAAAAAAAGGGGAAUAUUUUCGAAUGUCAAACUGGUAGGAUCUUUUACCUUUUUCUUGGUAAGAGCUGUGCUGAGGCGGUGAAGGUUCCAUGUCGCUGAUGCAGAAUGUCGUGGUUAAAAAGGUUUUAAGUCAAGAUCACUGACAAUAUAUCUUUUCACAGAGAAGCUCUCAAUAUUAUGCAACCCAAAACUAAGACAUAUUAACAAAAUAACUAAAGGAAACUAAAAAAUAAUUAAUGUGACGCCAUAAAAUCAUAUACAGAUAGAUCCCGACCCGGUAAUUUCUUGAAAAAAAUAAUUGUAUACCAAAAUUUGUUCAUACAUGGGCUGUAUAUACUUAUUUAUUACCUUCAUACACUUAUAUAUUCCAUUUUUGAAGAAUAAUAUUUUAAUAUAUAAGGCAUUAUAUUCUGUGGAGUACCCUCAUAGUUAAAUGACCAGCUUAGGUCGUGUUGUUUGGUAUAUAAAAUCGUUCGUUUCUCUAGAAAACGACAUAGGUUAAUAAAGGAGAAAGCAAUAUUUUAC